AUGCCUGCUUUCAGUCUACCAAGUCUCAGCAGUAACCAGCUUCUGCCAAGCCUCAGCAGUAUCCUGUGUCUGCCAAGCCUCAGCACUAACCUGCGUCUGCCAAGCCUCAGCAGUAACCUGCAUCUGCCAAGCCUCAGCAGUAACCAGUAUCUGCCAAGCCUCAGCAUAACCAGCUUCUGCCAAGCCUUACCAGUAACCAGCUUCUGCCAACCCUCAAUAGUAACCUGCGUAUGCCAAGCCUCAACAGUAACCAGCUUCUACCAAGCUACAGCAGUAACCUGCUUCUACCAAGCCUCAGCGGUUAUAUGUUCUGUGCCAAGCCUUAGCAGUAACCAACUUCAGCCAGGCCUCAGCAGUAACCAACUUCAGCCAAGCCUCAGAAGAAACCAGCUUCUGCAAAGUCUCAGAAGUAUCCAGCUUCUGCCAAGCCUCAGCAGUAACCAGCUUCUGCCAAGCCUCAGCAGAAACCAAGCCACAGCAGUAACCUGUGUCUGCCAAGCCUCAGCAGUAACCAGCUUCUACCAAGCUACAGCAGUAACAUGCCUCUGCCAAGCCUCAGCCGUAACCAAGCCUCAGCAUCACAGCAGUAACCUGCUUCUGCCAAGCCUCAGCAGUAACCUGCUUCUGCCAUGCCUUAGCAGUAACCAGCUUCUGCCAAGCCUCAGCAGUACCCAGCUUCUACCAAGCCACAUCAGUAAAAUGCCUCUGCCAACCUUUAGCACAGUAACCAGCUUCUGCCAAGCCUCAGCAGCACCCAGCUUCUACCAAGCUACAGCAGUAACCUGUGUCUACCAAGCCUCAGCAGUAAUAUGUUCUGUACCAAGCCUCAGCAGUAACCUGCUUCUGCCAAGCCUCAGCAGUAACCAAUUUCAGCCAAGCCUCAGGAGUAAUUUGCCUCUGCCAAGCCUCAGCAGUAACCAGCUUCUGCCAAGCCACAUCAGUAACAUGUCUCUGCCAACCCUCAGCAGUAACCAGCUUCUACCAAGCUACAGCAGUAAUGUGCAUCUGCCAAGCCUCAACAGUAACCAGCUUCUACCAAGUCUCAGCAGUAACCAGCUUCUGCCAAGCCACAACAGUAACCAGCUUCUGCCAAGCCACAGCAGUAACCUGUUUCUGACAAGCUUCAGAAGUUACCUGCUCCUAUCAAACUAUAGCCGUAACCUGCUCCUACCAAGCCACAACACUCUAGCAGUAACCUGUUCUCUACCAAGCUCUAUCAGUAACCUGUAUCUGCCAAGCCUCAGCAGUACCCUGCUUCUGCCAAGCCUCAGCAGUAACCUGCUUCUACCAAGCUACAGCAGUAACAUGCCUCUGCCAAGCCUCAGCAGUAACCAGCUUCUGCCAAGACUCAGCAGUAACCAGCUUCUGCCAUUACUCAGCAGUAACCAGAUUCUGCCAAGCCUCAGCAGUAACCAGCUUCUGCCAAUCCUCAGCAGUAACCAGCUUCUGCCAAGCCUCAUCACCUCAGCAGUAACCAACUUCAAACAAGCCUUAGCAGUAAUUUGCAUCUGCCAAGCCUCAGCAGUAACCAUCUUCAGCCAAGCCUCAGCAGUAACAGGCCUCUGCCAAGCCUCAACAGUAACCAGCUUCUACCAAGCUUCAGCAGUAACCUGUUUUGUGUCAAACCUCAGCAGUAACCAGCUUCUGCCAACCCUCAGCAUUAAUCUACUUCUGCCAAGCCUCAGCAGUAACCAGCUUCUGCCAAGCCUCAGCACUUACCAGCUUCUGCCAAGCCACAGCAGUAACCUGCUUCUACCAAGCUUUAGAAGUAAUGUGUAUCUGCCAAGCCUCAGCAGUAACCAGCUUCUGCCAAGCCAUAGCAUUAACCAGCUUCUGCCAAGACUCAGCAGUAACCUGUUUUUGACAAGCAUCAGCAGUAACCAGCUUCAGCCAAGCCUCAGCAGUAACAUGCCUCUGCCAAGACUCAGCAGUAACCUGCAUCUACUAAGCAUCAGCAGUAACCUACAUCUACCAAGCCACAACAGUAACCAGCUUCUGCCAAGCCACAACAGCAACCAGCUUCUGCCAAGACUCAGCAUUUACCUGUUUCUGCCAAGCAUCAGCAGUUAUCUGCUCCUACCAAACCACAACAGUAACCUGUUAUGUGCCAUGCUCCAGCAGUAA